AUUUUCGUGCUUACACAAGCAGCUACUACAUGACCAUGCAUCUUUCCCCUCUUUUUUAUAAACCCCUCUCCUUCCCCUCUCUCUCCAUGCCAUAGCUCACUACUAUCACACACUGCAAGCUCACAAGCCACCACACAAAACUCUCUCUCUCUCUUUCUCCCACAAAUGGUCAUGGGGGCCCGUCGACAUUUUGAACCAGUCACAAAAUGUUGCACCGAGGGACGAGCAAAUCAGACGGUGGCUGCAGACCUUGAUGGCACCCUUCUUGUGUCAACAAGUGCUUUUCCUUACUUCUUGCUUGUUGCACUUGAAGCUGGAAGCAUCCUAAGAGCGCUAGUCCUUUUAGCAUCGGUUCCAUUUGUGUACUUUGAUUACUUGUUUAUAUCGGAGACAAUGGCAAUCAAGACCCUCGUCUUCAUUACCUUUGCAGGACUUAAAAUAAGAGAUGUUGAGCUUGUUUCGAGGUCGGUCUUGCCUAAAUUCUAUGCGGAUGAUGUUCACCCUGAAACUUGGAGAGUGUUUAAUUCCUUUGGUAAAAGAUACAUAGUCACUGCUAAUCCUAGGAUCAUGGUCGAACCAUUUGUCAAGACCUUUUUAGGUGCAGACAAGGUUUUGGGCACUGAGUUAGAUGUUGCAAAAUCUGGGAGGGCAACUGGGUUCGUCAAGAAACCUGGAAUUCUUGUUGGAAAACACAAAAGAGACGCCAUCUUGAAGGAAUUUGGCGCUAAUUUGCCAGAUUUAGGCCUGGGAGACCGAGAAACUGACAAUGAUUUCAUGUCCAUAUGCAAGGAAGGAUACAUGGUGCCAAGAACCAAGUGUGAGCCACUGCCAAGAAACAAGCUUCUAAGCCCUGUAAUAUUUCACGAGGGACGAUUAGUUCAGAGGCCUACACCUCUGGUUGCCCUCUUGACAUUUUUAUGGAUGCCAAUUGGAAUUAUUCUCUCAAUCCUCAGGGUCUAUCUUAACAUCCCUUUGCCUGAGAGAAUUGCCUGGUACAAUUACAAGCUCCUGGGGAUUAAAGUUGUAGUUAAGGGCACCCCUCCACCACCUCCCAGGAACGGCCAAAGUGGAUUUCUUUUCGUCUGCAACCAUCGAACCGUUUUAGACCCUGUCGUGACUGCAGUAGCUCUACGAAGAAAAAUUAGCUGUGUCACAUAUAGCAUAAGCAAGUUCACUGAAAUAAUUUCACCUAUUAAAGCUGUUGCAUUAUCGAGGGAAAGAGAGAAAGAUGCUGCUAAUAUCAAGCGUCUGCUUGAGGAGGGUGACUUGGUGAUCUGCCCUGAAGGAACCACCUGUAGAGAACCAUUUCUUUUGAGAUUUAGUGCUCUUUUCGCUGAGCUUACUGAUAGAAUCGUGCCUGUUGCUAUUAAUACAAAACAAACAGUAUUCCAUGGCACUACGGUUCGAGGGUACAAAUUGUUGGAUCCUUAUUUUGUGUUCAUGAAUCCAAUGCCAACUUAUGAGAUCACAUUCUUGAAUCAGCUACCCACAGAGCUCACAUGCAAAAGUGGGAAAUCAGCCAUUGAAGUUGCAAAUUAUAUACAGAGGGUGCUUGCUGGGACACUGGGAUUUGAGUGCACUAAUUUGACAAGGAAGGACAAGUAUGCUACUCUUGCAGGUACAGAUGGCCGAGUUCCAACUAAGAAGGAAAAAGAAAAAGAAAAAGAAAAGGCUUAAGAAGAAAUUCCCAUAGAACUCCAUAUUUCAUCAUCUUUUUAUUAAUUGUUUUCAUAAGUCUCAAACUUUAUCAUAAAAAUAAACAUAUAUCUUAAUGAUGUUUAGUAUGAAUUAAAUAAACUUUUUUAAUUUUCUGAUGUAGUUUGCUACUUGAUUUGGAUAUACAAAUAUAUUUAUUCUGAUUA